AUUUACUUUAAGGAAAAAAUAAAAUAUAAAACUAAAUAAAUCAAAGAAAAGAAUAGAAAAAGCUUUCGAGAAAGCAGAGAGCUUUUACCUAAUCGUACUUUCGACCUAGCUCUCGAGACUCGUUUCAUUUCGUUUCCUUUCGUUUUAUUUCGUUUAGUUUCGUUUCGUUUCAUUUUCUAACGUUGUCAUUUCAAUGUCUUGUUACAUUUGGCCAAAUAAAUAAAUUUUAUUGUUUAAAUUUGACGAUAUUUUAUACAUGUAUAUAUAUAUAUAUAUAUAUAUAUAUCCUAAUUCAAUGGGUUUUGAUAAAUCGAAAAGUUAUUUUUAGAAACGAUAUUGGUAGAUUCAACCCCUACUUUUUCUCUCUCUCUCUCUUUCUCUUUUUCAUUCUCUUAUUAUACAUCCAACGAAAUACGCAUUAACUUGUUCUCCAUUUCAAUUUUAUUACACUUUAAAGCAAACUCUUUAAAAUAAUCAAAACUUAUUAAUAUGUUCUCUCGUGACAAUAGACAAAAUUUCUGUUAGUUAAUUCGUUAAUUUUUUAUAACGAAAUCUGUUAUUUUAUUUUUUUUUUAAUUUUAUUUUUAUAUUAAAUAAUUUGAUAAUUUUUUUUUUUUUAUAUUAACGAAUCGAACUUGGAGCAACGACUUUAACUAAUUUUUUUGUACCUUCAUCCCCUUCCUCAUUAUGUUCAUUUCGUUUUGAUAUUAAAUUAGAAACGUUUUGGACAUUACGUACAUAUAUAUGUACAUACGAUGAUAUCGAUACGUACGUAACGAUAGUAGUGAAAGCGUGUUCUCGAUGUGUUCCACUUUCGAGUCCGACGAACGCGUUGACACGCUCGAUCGAGCGUAAUUAAUUAGUCGUGGCUUCGUAGUAAACCCCCUACCCGACUAUCACCCUUUACCACCCCCCUGCCACCCUUUCAAAUCGUUUGGCUACGAAUUUGCGUUUCGUGGAUUACAAACGCUAUGUGCAAAAGUAACGAUAAUCCGGAAGAAGAUACUUGACCUCGAAAAUGAAACGCGUUAAACGACAGAGCUUUAAAUGAAACCCAAGCAAAGUUAACCAAUCAACCGAUCAACCAAUAAAAUCUCGAUUUUACUUUAAGUAAAACAAACAAGAAAACAAAUUUAAUAUCAAUGAAAGAAGACGAGAAAAAAUAUCGAAUCGAAAGGAUUAAUUCGAUCAAUCGAAACUUGUUGAUGAAAUUUUAAAUACAAACAAAAAAUUAUUAACCUUUUGAGAGUCAAAUACAUUUCAUUAAAAUGUUUUAUGGGAACAGAUCUUCUGCUUCGCCUCUUCGACGUCUUGUGUGAAAACGGAGCUGAAUAAUACAAGGACACGAGGAAGUGAAAGGAUUAAAAGGAUUAAUAAUAAUAAUAAUAAUAAUAAUAAUAAUAAUAAUAAUAAAAAUAAAAAUAAUCGUCGUCAUCGUCGUCGUCGUCGUCGUCGUCGUCGUCGUCGUCGUCGUCGUUGUCGUCGUAUUUGUAAAGAAACGAGCACUGCCGUUUGUUCUCCGACAUGGCGGACGAAAAGGAGAAGCAGACGUUCCUGCAAAAACUACUGUUCUACACUACCGCGUUCUUCAUCCUCCUCAGCACCUUCAGCCUCUUCGCCUUCCUCUUCUUGGUCCCCUUCGUCAUCGACCCAGCUUUUACAACAAUCUUCAUGCAGUUUGACACUCGGCCUGCCGAGUGUGUCACCAUCGACGUUGAGUCCAGGAGAGGUACGAGCAACUGCUCAUGGACGUCCUGUAGAGAGGGUUGCACCAAGGAGUUGUAUGAUUGCACACAAAUACGUGUUAAUUACAAACUACCGAUUAAUGGGUCAUCCAAUGAGGAUGAGGCUGGACCAGUUGAGGGAGGCAGGGCGGUAGGAGGUGUCGAGGAUGACGAAGACAACAGGAGGUUGUACAAAAAACCGCGUUAUGAGCGUGCCCUAAGGGAUUAUGAUUAUAUCGAAGAUCUCGACGAUGAUGAUUUUGCCGAGGAGGAUGAUGAGGAUGAUGAUGAUGAUACAGGACUGCCGAAACCCUUUCCUACAGGUCUCAUGGGCAACGAUUCCGAGUGGUACUUCACCGGGGCCAAGCUGUUCCCGAACGUAAAAGGCUGUGGAUACCCUCCAGUCCUGAAUUGCAGUAUUUUCUACCAGCAAUAUGCCAACAUAGGGCAUAACUUUAGCUGUUACUACUCAAAAGUGGAUCCCGGAAUAGUCAUCAGCGAACUCGACAUGUGGCAGGUGUAUAUGAACCUGGUGUACGCGAUGGCAAUUCCGAUACCAUCAUUCAUAAUAUCGGUGAUAUACCUCACCAUCGCCUACUUCAAGAUCUACAACGAAGACGAGGUUAGCCUAGUUGACGGGGAGGCAGGAGAGAUUUGUCCCGAGGGGGUAGACGGAGGCAAUGGUACACCUUUGCCAUUAACUAGCGCUGCUCUUACACCUGGAAGCGAAGCUUUUAGAGAGGAUCUAGCAAGCUUCGGUCAUCAUAUGAAGGUCGCGAUGGCUGAUGACAUCAGUAGGGAAAGUCUAGAUGGCAUACCAAAUUCGUUUUCGAUUCAGGGCAACUUGAGCAAAACGAUGACGACGAGUAUCUCAACUCCCCCUGGGCCGAUGGCAGCAGUCUGAAACGUCAUUUUCAUGGUAUGAAUAACAUCUCAUGGAAACCCCAUUAGAAAAAAGAAAAAAACCAUCAACGCAUCUUCUCCUUUUUCUUCGUAUUUGCCCAAAAUUAAAAACGUUACGUCCAGAGAAUGGAAAUAAAAAAAGAAAACACGAGAAAGAGAGAGAGAGAUCGAUGGAUUAUCAUAAAUAAAUUAUUAUAGUGUUACAUAUAUAUUCAAUUGAGACGUUUGCUAACCGUAAAGAGCCAAAAUUCUUUUACCGUUUCGAAAUAAAAAUAAAAACGCGUCGUCCUUUUUAAAAGAGUGAAUCAGAGGAUAAAUAAAAGGAUUAAUUAAUUAAUUAAUAUAAUAAAUUAUGAGAGGGAAUUUGAAAGAUCCACGGCCGUCCCUCCACACCU